GGAGGGCACGAUUAAAGCAUUGCCCUCCGCUGCGAGCCCAGAGAGCCCGUCACGGGCCAGCGCGCUAAGUGUGCAGCCUUCCUCACGCCCCCGAACCACCCAAGGCGGCGACACCUGAUCCAGAGCGCACACACGGGUCCCUGCUGUCCCGGAUACAAUUACGUGGCGGAGACACACUCGGACUCACGCGCAGCAGCCAAGAGACGAGCUAUGAAGUCUUACACCACUUAUUUCAUACUCCUGUGGAGUGCUGUUGGGAUAGCGGAGGCUGCCAAAAUCAUCAUUGUGCCGCCGAUCAUGUUUGAAAGCCAUAUGUACAUUUUCAAGACGCUAGCCUCGGCCUUGCACGAGAGAGGCCACCGCACAGUGUUCCUCCUCUCUGAGGGCAGAGACAUUGCCCCAUCUAAUCAUUACAGCCUCCAGCGCUACCCAGGGAUCUUUAACAGUACCACCUCGGAUGCUUUCCUGCAGUCCAAAAUGCGGAAUAUCUUCUCUGGAAGGCUGACAGCAGUAGAACUGUUUGACAUACUGAAUCACUACACUAAGAACUGUGACAUGAUAGUUGGCAACCGUGACCUGAUCCAGGGUCUGAAAAAGGAGAAAUUUGACCUGCUGCUGGUGGACCCUAAUGACAUGUGUGGAUUUGUGAUAGCUCAUCUGCUGGGGGUUAAAUAUGCUGUAUUUUCAACUGGCCUUUGGUAUCCAGCUGAAGUGGGGGCUCCUGCUCCAUUAGCCUACGUCCCAGAGUUUAACUCACUUCUCACGGACCGCAUGAACUUACUGCAAAGAAUGAAAAAUACCGGCAUUUACCUCAUUUCCAGAUUAGGGGUCAGUUUUCUGGUUCUUCCCAAGUACGAGAGGAUAAUGCAGAAGUACAACUUGCUGCCGGAAAAGUCCAUGUACGACUUGGUUCAUGGGUCCAGCCUGUGGAUGCUGUGUACCGAUGUCGCGCUGGAGUUUCCAAGACCCACUCUGCCUAAUGUUGUUUAUGUAGGAGGAAUCCUAACCAAACCAGCCAGCCCACUACCAGAAGAUCUCCAAAGGUGGGUAAAUGGUGCUAAUGAACAUGGCUUUGUCCUGGUAUCUUUUGGAGCUGGUGUCAAGUAUCUGUCAGAAGACAUUGCUAACAAACUGGCAGGAGCUCUGGGGAGAUUGCCUCAGAAAGUGAUCUGGAGGUUUUCUGGACCCAAACCAAAGAACCUAGGAAACAACACUAAACUCAUAGAAUGGUUACCACAGAAUGAUCUGCUCGGGCAUUCAAAUAUUAAAGCCUUCUUGAGCCAUGGUGGUUUGAAUAGCAUUUUUGAAACGAUGUACCAUGGGGUGCCUGUAGUGGGAAUUCCACUCUUCGGAGAUCACUAUGAUACCAUGACCCGGGUUCAGGCGAAAGGCAUGGGGAUCCUGCUGGAGUGGAAGACAGUGACCGAGGGAGAACUGUAUGAAGCACUGAUGAGUGUCAUCAAUAAUCCCAGCUACCGUCAGAGGGCCCAGAAGCUUUCAGAAAUUCACAAGGAUCAACCAGGCCACCCCGUCAAUCGAACUGUCUAUUGGAUAGACUACAUCCUUCGUCACAAUGGAGCACAUCACCUCCGUGCCGCUGUCCACCAAAUCUCUUUCUGUCAGUAUUUUCUACUGGAUAUUGCCAUUGUGCUUUUGCUUGGUGCUGCCGUGUUUUACUUCCUCUUGUCCUGGGUGACAAAAUUUAUCUGCAGAAAAAUCAAAAGUGUGUGGUCUAAAAAUAAGCAUAGCGCAGUCAAUGGACAUUACCACAAUGGGAUCGUCAAUGGCGAGUACAAACGAAAUGGCCAUAUCAAACACGAAAAGAAGGUGAAAUGAGCCACCAGCCCCGUGAUAGGAACAAAUCUGUCCAGUCAUUGAAUUUUUAUCGCUACAAUUUAGUCUAACAGCUACUAAAAGUAAACCAUCAGUAAACAAUUCUAACACUUCCUUAUCAGAUCGUACUAAUGAAAUUCUGUGGAAUUAAGGUGGCUGUCCAAAGCACAAACCUAAAAUGCAAAAAUGUAUCUUCUUUGAAUACCAAUGCAGAGAAUUUGGGCACUGAACCUUUUAGAAGCCUUAAUUAUUUAAAUCAGUUAAGUGACCGCGUCAGACCUUAGUUUUAAAUCUUGAUGUGUGUGUGUCUCAGAUAAGGAAUGUUUUUCUUUUCUCUUAAUAAGGUUUGUGUGUAUGUGUAGGUGUGUAUGUGCGUGCCUUUGAAUGAAGAGCAUUUUUAGCUGGCUCUUGGUUCUAUUUGUUGAGUGUACAGCACAUUCAACAUGAAGUAUAAACACGGUGAGGCUCCAGAUGGUUCCCUUCUGGCAGUUCAUGUGUAUGAACUCAGAAAAGCACCAGGGGAAAACACUUUUCCCUCAAAACUGAAUGCAGAGAAAGAAAGCAAAAAGUUAAAUGGCACCAUCUUUUGUAUGUUUUGUUUGUUCAUGUUAGCUUUCCGUUUUUGUUCAGGCUGUGGGCACUUCUGGAGGAAAACCAUGUAAUUAAGUAAAUGUUUAAAUUGGUUGUCACAUUUGACUUUUGCCUUUCCCCUUGCAGUAAUUUUCCUCAGGAAGAAUUUUAUAGGUUUUUUUUUUCUAUUUCAUUUUAAUAUGCAGCAUUUUGUUAAAUACCUACUGAAGACAAAGCAACAAAGCUCUGAUGUUUGUGCAAAGUACUGAAGAGUACCGCUGGUGGUGGUUUUUUUUGUUUGUUUUUUUGUUUGUUUGUUUUUUUUUUUUAAACGGGGCCAUUGUUUGAAUGUUUAUGUAACUGUCUCAUGGCUUUUCUAUAAAUGUAACUUCUGAA